AUGAUACACUUGGCUACUGCUCCGGUGCCUCUCUCUAGGCGAGGCCCAGCUCAGUCUCCUUCUAAGAUGAAGCAAAGGAAGGCUUUGGAGAUCAAGAAAAAGCUGUUGUGCCGAAGGCCAAUGGGUCUAAAAGAUACAAAGUCCAAGACACUCUUGGAAGUUGGAGGGAAAUGA